AUAGCAGGCGGUGAAUACAGGCCGCGUGACGGCACGCCACAAAAAAGACAACCACUCGCGAACGUAUACUCACCGAGACGAUGGCCCUCGCGGGCCAGCCCGCGGACGACGCCGCCACGCUCGCCUUCGGGCCCGAGUUCCCGCUGGACAGCUGCGAGUGCCUCUCGGACGCGGAGGUCACGACGAUCCUCGACACGCACCUGCGCAGCUCGGCCGCGGCCGACCGGCCGUUCCCGCGCAAGGCCCUGGAGUACGCGCGGCGCAACGUGGGCGCGCGGCCGCUCGAGGCGGUGAAGACCGAGGCCGUGCACGUGCGGCAAGCGCUGCAGGACCUGGACUUCGAGGGCACGGACGCCGGCGCGCUCCACGUCUUCGAGGUCGCCGCGAUCACCAAUCUGAUGGGCCGGGACUCGGAGCCCGAGGAGGCCCGGGCCCUGGUGCCCAGCCUCCGCCGCUACGACGACGACCAGCUCGGGCGCAUCCUCGCGGCCGCCGCUGGCGCGCGACAAAACUAA